GACAGGGCCCGGCGGUGGUUCCCGCGCCCGAGGCGGCGGGCAGGGCUGGAAAAGAAACUUCCCCGUGUGAAGCUGCAGGUGACGAUUAGGGGAAAAGCUGCCACCGCUCAAGCCGCCAGCUGCCCUGCGCAUCCUGCCUGGCUGGAGGAAGCGCUCGCUGACAGGGCAGCGCAGCCGCUGGGUGCGCGGCCAUACCCUUCGAAGGCUCUGACCCCGCUACCGAAACCUUGCCACGCAAACCCCGUGCAGGUUCUGCGACCAGCGCAGAAGAAGCCUCCUUCCCGCGGCUCUCCUGGCCCGGCUGGCAAAGCUGAAGGAAUAUCAGCAGAAGAAUAACCCUGGAGCAACUGCAGGAACUAAGAAAAAACGCAAAACUAAAGAAGGCAGUAGACCUGAGACUCCCACCAACGAUGACCGGCAGCCUCCAGAGAACGCAUACUUUGACAGUGAUGUUGCCACUCGUAAUGCUGAACAGCUUGCUACCGAUGUCCCUGUGCUAUCUAACAGCAACAGUCUACCUAGUUGUGGUUCUGUUCUGCCUGCUCCCGGGAGCAUGCAGCUGAUACAGAUUCAUGAACCUGAGGAUCAUAAAAAUGCUUUGGAUGAGAACAGGUCUUUCUCGUCAACAGAAAGUCUCCGCCAGUUGUCUGAACAACUCAAUGGCCUGGUUUCUCAGUCUACGUCGUAUGUGAAUGGGGAAAGUGCUGUGUCUCCCACAAAUAUUAAGGAAAUGGAAACACGUUACCAGGAGCUGGCAGUAGCCCUGGAUUCCAGCAAUCUAACUAACAAACAGCUCGUUACAAAGAUAGAGGAAUUGAAACAGCAGAACCAAGAAGCAGUGAAUCAGCUGGAGAAGGAAAAGAAGGAGUUUGAACAGAAAUUUUCUAAAGAGCAAGCAGCACUGAGGGAACAGCUACAGGUUCAUAUCCAGACUAUUGGAAUUCUAGUUUCUGAGAAGUCUGAGUUGCAGACAGCCCUUGGACAUACUCAGCAAGCUGCACGGCAGAAAUCAGCCUCAACCGACUCUGCUCUGACUUGUUCAGGAGAAGCUGAAAACCUUGCUGCUCGUUUACAUUCAUCUCGCCAGAGGGUAUCAGAGCUAGAACGUACUUUGUCCUCCAUCUCCAUGCAGCAAAAACAGUCAGAGAAGCAUAAUAAAGAGUUAGUGAAGGAGCGAGACAACCUGAAACUGGAACUGUACAAACGAAGCAAAAGUAGCGAGGAAAUAAAGCAGCAGAAUUCGGAGCUGUCAGAGAAAGUUCACUCCCUGGUUUCCAAGAAUUCAGCUAUGAAGUUGGAUAUGGAGGAUUUGCAUAAGAAACUGGAAAUGGCUGAACUGAUGAUUCAGCAGUUCUCAAAUCAGGCAGGGAGUCUGGAUGCAAACCAGCAGUUGCAGAUGGUACUGGAGGAGAAGGCGAGCCUGGAAACCCAGGUUGCUCAGCUCUCAGAGUCACUUCACCAGCUCCAGGCAGAAAGAGAUCAGUAUGUAGAGAAACUGAAGGAGGAGCGGAGCAUUUGGCAGCAGCGGGUACAGCAGCUCUCUGAGCAGGUCCACACAAUGGCAGAGGAGAAGGAGAAACAUAUGGCCCAAAUUCAGGAGCUGGAAGCCAAUGUUACAGAGCUGCUGAACAAAUCAGCAGUUAAGCCCAUGGAUAUUGAGCCUUCCUCACCAGCAGGGCCCACAGCAGCUGAGCUGAGCCUGCAGGAAGAGAUACAGCGGCUGCAGCAAGAGAAGGAGGAACUGCACGGGCAGUACCAGGCCCAGGUCCGGGACAACGAGCAGCUGAGCCACCUCAACCGGGAGCAGGAGGAGCGGCUGCUGGAGCUCGAGAAGGCUGUGCAGCGCUACAACGAGGAGUCUGUGGACAGACAGCAGAUCCUGGAGGACAUGCAGAGUGACAAGGCCACAAUCAGUAGGGCACUGAGCCAGAAUCGGGAGCUGAAGGAACAGCUGGCUGAGCUGCAGAAUGGGUUUGUCAAACUGACAAAUGAAAACAUGGAGGUGACAAGUGCCCUACAGUCCGAGCAACAUGUAAAGAAGGAGUUGGCCAAGAAGCUUGGGCAGCUGCAGGAGAACCUGGGGGAGCUCAAAGAGACGCUGGAACUGAAAACACAGGAGGCUCGAGGUCUGCAGGAACAGCGGGACCAGUACUACGGCCACUUACAACAGUACACCGUGGCUUACCAGCAGCUGUCUGCCGAGAAGGAGGAAUUGCACAAACAGUUCUUGCUUCAGACACAGCUUAUGGAUCGGCUACAGCAUGAGGAGGUUCAGGGGAAGGUGACAGUGGAAAUGCACCUGAAAGAGCUGCAGCAGACCAAGGAAAAUCUGGAAGCUGUAGCUAAGGAAAACAAAGAGCUGCAGGCCCAGAUCAGUCAGUUAGCAGCAGACCUGGAUGGCAGGAUUUUGCACCGGUUAGAGGGAGAUGGAGUUGAAAGUGAAGCAAUGACUGAAGAAAUCCAAAAAUCUUCAUUUGUGAUCCCAGAGAAGUUUGAAAGCCAUGAAGAAAUGGUCGCUUUCUUGACAUCUGCCAUGUCCCAAGUGGAGGAGGAGCGAGAAGACAUGAGGCAGCAGCUAGCUGCUCAGAAACAGCAGUGCAGAAGCCUCCUGCAGCAAAUAGCAGCUCUCAGGCAGGAGCAGCAACAUAACGUCACGCUGGGUGGAGGUUCCACUAUGGAUACUGUUCCAGUGGAGGUUCAUGAGGCUUUGAAAACUGCUAUGGAGAAACUACAGUCCCGUUUCACAGACCUGAUGCGUGAGAAAGCUGACUUGAAGGAGCGGCUAGAAGAGUUAGAACAUCGCUGCAUACAGCUGUCCGGGGAGACGGACACUAUUGGGGAGUAUAUUGCAUUAUACCAGAGUCAAAGGGCUAUCCUCAAACAACGACACCAGGAGAAAGAGGAGUAUAUCAGCAGAUUAGCUCAGGAUAAGGAAGAGAUGAAGAUGAAACUACUGGAACUACAGGAUUUAGUGAUGCGUCUGGUCAGGGAAAGAAAUGAAUGGUACAGCAAGUAUGUAGCAGCAGCUCAAAACCCAGAGCUGUUAGCAAGCCAGAAUGAAAGUGUACUUCCAGUGGAGAGGCGCAUUGAACUGAAUGCUACCGAUGGAGAAGGGUUACGGGAAGUGAAUUUAUCAGAUGAAGCAGAACAAGAGGCUGCUGUUCUUCAUCAAUCCGGUUUCUCCCCUAUUGACAGUAAAGCUGCUCAGCCAAGCCAAGAGGACCCCACAGCAAAGCAAAUAAUGCAGCUUCUCAGAGAAAUCCAGAACCCUCAAGAGAGGCUGGGCUCCCUGCUGGAAAACCCCUGCAUUCCCUUCUUCUACCGUGCUGAUGAGAACGAUGAGGUCAAAAUCAUGGUAGUUUAAGUGGCGCUAGAUCUUAUUUACAGCAAUUUUCUAUGAGCCUGAAAGGACUUAACUGACCUGUAUGUGCCCAUACCUCUGCUCAGUGCCCUUGAUCAGAACAGAUUCUUAAAAGACAUCAGGAAAGAGGGAUUGCAUCAGAUGAACUUGAGCAUCAGACCUCAUCUUCCCUUUCUCUUUCUUCUGUUACUUGGUGUGCUUGGAGUACAGGCAGACUCAAACUAAUCCUGGGAGGCAGCUGGUGCUGGCAUUUCACCUGGGCCAGGUGCAGGCCUAGGGGAAGGGGAUUCCAAUGACUUCAGGCAAAAUGACUUAAUCCCUUAUCCCAGCCUCUGGUGCCAGCAGCCAGCUUCACAGCAGUGACUGAGCAGCAGUUCUGAUCCAUCGCUAAUGACUGUCAUCAGCCUAGUUCCUUCCAGGGCUCCCAGAGUAACUAACUUAUUCUGGUAACAAACUCUUUGGACUCAACAGGUUUUGUUUCAGACUAUGUAUCUUAAACUUCCCACUUCCUUCUGCAGACUGCCUCUUGCAACUGUUAUCUGAAACCAGCCUUGUCAGUCUUGAACAGCCAAAAGAUAGAGGCUCCUGGCUCGCUGGGCAGCACUACAGCCCCAUUUAUUCUCAUGGCUAGGGGAAGGGACCGAGGGUUGCCUUUGAGUCUUUUUGGUUACUUGACAAAGCUUUAUGUGAUUCUUGGGAGUGGGGUGGAAAUGUAACUGCACUUUGAAGGAUGAUGUGUUUCACUUGUAUGUGUCUGAAGGUUUUAUUUAUUUAAAAAAAUGGGAGAAAUAAGUAAAAGGAAACCACUUAAUAAACGUGCUUUGUUUUGAA